UUCCAGCAAUGACAUGUACAGGAUGCUGCUUCCAUUAUUGCUAAAAAUGACAUGUAUAAAUAAGACACGGUUUCUCGAGUAUUCCAGUUGGUAGUUCUUUAGGUACUCUUGUUCUUUUUUUUUACUUACAACCGAAAACAUCCUUACUUUAUUCAACAACGAUUCUUUUCAAAAUGCAGUUCUUCUCAUUCAGCACUCUUGCCCUGGUCGCUGUUUUUGCCACCGCUGUCGUGCGCGCCGAUGCCUAUGCUGAUGCCCUUGCUGAAGCCGAGGCCGCCCCCGAAGCAAUUGCCGAGCCGCAGGGUGGAUUUGGCAGCUGGAGAUGGCAGCAGUGCAACUGGCGCUGCCGUGGUCGCUGGGACUACCAUCAGUGCAUGCGCUGGUGCCUGUUUUAAAAGUUAGACGUUGUGCCACGUCCUAUUUUGCCCCACCUGUAUGGAAAC